UAAAUAUGUCAGAAGUUUAUCAACCUUUCAAACGAAGAUUUUCACCAGAAGAUUCUUUUUUUACGUUAGGAAACUUGGAACUUCGUUUCGAUUGGCUAAAAAAACAUUCGCGUAUACAAAUUGAUAAUGCACAGAAAGUUUUUAAUGAGGAACUAAAUUCAUUAACAAAACUAUGAAAUUCAUUAUAAUACGUCUCACCGUCAUAUCUGUCAAGAAUGUGGCAAAUUAUUUCCUUCGGAACGUUGGUUGAAUCUUCAUUUCGCAGAGUUUCAUGAUAUAAUGGCCCAAAUGAGGAAAGAAAAAGGCGAAAAAAUACAUGAAUGUUAUGUCCAAGGUUGUAAUAAAUAUUUUUGGAGCCCAAAGAAGCGGCGACUUCAUUUGAUAGAUUAUCAUAAAUAUCCAAAAACUUUUAACUUUGGUAUACUUAUGAAUGGAUUGAUUCCAUUUAGCGUACGCAAUGCUGAACGAAUAAGGAAACAUAAGAACGAAAACAGAAAUUCAAAACCGUCAACGCUAUCAACAAAACAAAUAAGUUCUUUGAAUGUAGAAUUGUCAAAAUCUAAUAGCGCUGAUCCUAAUAACAUGGAUGUUGACUCUCUUGUUGGAUCUAUGUCAAAUCUAAAAUUACCGAGAACGCCUAAAACUAUUACUUUUGGGCGAGGAACAAAUAAUAAGGGAUGGUUUGGAAAUGUUCGCCGUAUUGAAGGAUAUAAUUCUAAUUCAACACAACAAAAAAAAUCAAAGAAAUCUAGAGAGAAAGUACCAUAUCAAGAGUUGAUGGAAGAUAUAAAAUUUAUACCUUGCAAUUGGCAUCAUAAGUUCCCUGAAUUAAAGCUGUUUAGUGAGUAAAAUAUUACUUUUAAAAAAGGAUUACGGAUGGAUUGUAACAUAUCAAUAAUAAUCAAUACUAAGUAUUACUAAGUAAAGUUACUAUUUCCCGCAUGAAAAGAUGUCUUAUGACAAGAUCAUGCUUCAUCAAGCAAAGCCCGAAGGAAUAUCCCUCGGGCGCCAUUGAUAUCUCUACCAUCUCUAC